AUCAAAAUUAACAAGUCUAGUGAUAAUACAUGAAAUUCUUCAAACUAUGCGAUACUUCGAGAUAUUAUAAUUGUGACAAUUAUGCCAUUAUAUUUGAGAUAUUUUUCUGAUAAAUUAUGAUAGUAAUUAAUUGUGUAUAUAACAUAUGCAUUGUCAUUUAAAAGUACAUACAUACAUACACAAAAUUCAUUCAUAUUGGAACUUUAAAAACAAUAUGCGACCCAUAUCAUAAAUAUCAACAAAAGUUUUGUCAUAUUAAAUUAUCAUAUAGUAUCUCGACAUAUAAUCAUUGUACAAAUAGUUAAUAUAUAUCAUCCACAUCUUUUUUCAAAGUUCUUUGUACUUAUGAAUGUCCAAACUAUUCGUAUGCAUAUCAUGUUUUGAUCAAACGUUGGUUUUUCUUUUAUAAUAGGUGUACGAAAAAAAAAAGAAACGAAAAUAAAAGUGUUUAGUGUUACUACAAGUAUUUCCUUUAAGAUUGUUCACUACCUCUUGUUCGAAGCAUAUGUGACUUAAGCGACAACUAUGGAUAAAAUAUGAACUACGAAUACAAGCGGGGAACGCUGUCCCCACCAUGCGCCUAUCAUAUCAGCUUGUUUGGUUAUUCCCCUCUCAUACGUACAUAACAAUUGGUUUCGUAUGGAUAGAAUAAGUAAUGUUAUUAUUACUGUGAGCUCGCACUUUUUAGUCUCUCUCUCAUAUGUAUAUCUUUCUUCGAUGGUAGUGUGAGUCUCGUUGUGAUCCGUGCUAGAUACGACCUCGAACACUGACUUCUAACUUGUGACGUAAUAUCGGUAUAACCUAUAUCUUCAUUUGGUGUCAUUAAAAAGAUAAACAUCAUGAGUGGGCCACCACAGAAUACGGAGGACAUGGCCAUAAUAUUGGGGCGUCGUUUAACUAAAGAAAGAGAACGUUUGAUAGGUAUGACAGAUGAAGAACGUGCAUGGCGUGCACAGUUUUUAAAGGAUCAAAUAUUAGAUCCCUCUGAACCCAUAAUACCACCAGAUUAUUAUAAAAAAAGAUAUAAUCCAAUUAGAAGAUUUUACAGAGCUCCUAUGGAUAAAUUUGAAAAUAUGUUGGUUCCUCUAGUGGGUCCUACUUUGGCUGAUGGAUUACGUCACAUUGCAGCAAAGAGUAUUAUGGGAAUAAUUUUUAUAUACUCCGCUUGUUACUACUUUAAAUAUAAUAGACACGAAUGGACAAAAUCAGGAGGCUGGAGAACUUCAUUUUCACGUAUUAAACAAUUUCCAAGUGAUCCAGGUUUCCCCAACACUGAGAUACGAUGCAAAGGCAAUGAAUUUGCAAAAUAUGGAUUUGAUAAAUCACCCAUAUAAAAUAUAAAUACUAUUAGUGUAUAUAUAGUUGUUUGAUAUAAUAAAUAAAUGGAGUGGUAGAAAGGAAAAUUGUGCCAUUUAUUAUAUCAAUACUAUUUCUUUCUGCUACAAUUAUAGUGAAGUAUGUAUUACUUUAUUAGUAUAUAUGUUACUAUAUUUUAACUUUAUAAUAUUUUAUUAAUACCAUAUAUGUUAUAUUAUUCAAUUUUCCCAUAAUGUUUUAGAAUAUGUAUAUGUGUGUGUGUGUGCGCGUGCGCGCGCGCGCGCGUGUGUGUGUGUAUGUAUGUAUGUAUGUAUUCAUGUAUAUAAUUAAUAUUAUAUAAAUCCCUUUACAGAUAAAUAUAUGUAUCUGCAAUAUAAACAAGUUAUUGAUGUGAAGGCAUAAUAUUCACAGUCUUUACUUAAAUUUACUUUGUACAUGUAACAAAUAUUGGCAGUUCAUAUAAAUAAUAAAUUACUAAUCUGUAACACACAAUUGUUACAGGUAGAUAAGUAUAUUAAACAUUACAUACGAUAGUU